GUUUUUGAGCAGCUUUUAGUUUACGUUCAGGAGGGAACGGAGUUUGUAAAAGAAACCUGUAAUAAUGAGUCAUUGGAGAAUAUUGCAAACAAGACACAGCUGGAUGAGAUCGAGGCGUACACGAGCCAACUCUUUAAAAUUAAAGAGGUUUUAUCUCGCAAUCACAUGAAGGUGGCCUUUUUCGGCAGAACAAGCAAUGGUAAAAGCACGGUUGUCAAUGCGAUGCUGCGUGACCGUGUGCUUCCCAGCGGCAUCGGCCACACCACUAACUGCUUCCUCAGCGUGGAGGGCACGGACGAAGACAAGGCCUUUCUCAAGACCGAAGGGUCCGAGGAGGAGAAAAGCAUCAAGACGGUGAAUCAGUUGGCUCACGCACUACAUAUGGAUGAGAGUCUGGAUGCCGGCUGUCUGGUUAAAGUGUUCUGGCCCAAAACAAAGUGUGCUCUGCUCAGAGACGACCUGGUUCUGGUGGACAGUCCUGGCACUGACGUCACCACACAGCUGGACAGCUGGAUCAAAAAGUUCUGUCUGGAUGCGGAUGUGUUUGUGUUGGUGGCCAACUCUGAAUCUACUCUAAUGAACACGGAGAAGCAUUUCUUCCACAAGGUCAAUGAAUGCCUGUCAAAGCCCAACAUCUUCAUCCUGAACAACCGCUGGGACGCUUCUGCUGCCGAACCCGAAUACAUGGAGGACGUGAGAAAGCAGCACACGGACAGGUGCGUGGACUUCCUGGUGGAGGAGCUGAAGGUUGUGGAUCGCGCCCAAGCACCGAAUCGUAUUUUCUUCGUAUCGGCGAAGGAGGUGCUAAACUCGCGGAUGCAGCGGGCGCAGGGUAUGCCAGAGACGGGAGGAGCUUUAGCGGAAGGGUUUCAGGAGCGACUGAAGGAGUUCCAGAACUUUGAGAGAUCGUUUGAGGAGUGUAUCUCGCAUUCAGCAGUGAAAACAAAGUUUGAGCAGCACACAAUCAGAGCAAAGCAGAUCACAGAAACAGUCAGAGACAUCAUGGAUCAAAUCAACAUCGCCGCUGCGGACAAGAGGGUGGUUUCUCUGGAGGAGAGAGAGUAUCUGCUUGACCGACUGGAUUUCGUUCGCAGUCAACUCAACCUGCUCAUCCAGGACAUCAAGAAGAAAAUCGAGGCCAUCACGGAGGAGGUGAAACACAAGGUGUCAGACGCCAUGGCAGAAGAGAUCUGCCGUCUGUCUGUGCUCAUAGACGAGUUUCGUGCAGAUUUCCACCCGUCACCACACGUGCUCAAAAUCUACAAAUCUGAUCUUCUCAGCCACAUCGAGAAGGGCAUGGGCAAGAAUCUGGCCUUCCGCUGUUCUGAUGCAGUAAACGCCUCCGUUCAGUCGUCUCAGCAAAACAUGAUGGAGUGUCUGAAGCCUCUGCUGCCCUCUGCUGCCCAGAGCCAGCUCCACAUGCUCAUUCCCAGCAGGAAGUUUGAGCUCAGCUACGACAUCAACUGUGCCACCCUUUGCUCAGACUUCCAGGAGAACAUCGAGUUCCAGUUCUCUUUCGGCUGGACUGCGCUGGUCCACCGUUUCUUAGGUCCCGCCAAUGCCAAACGUGCCUUGAUGCUGGUGGAUCAGACCCUACCGCUGACGGUGCCAACCACCCCUUCGGCCCCAGCAGGGGUUCAGUCUCCAGUCCCCAGAGCUCAAGGUCAGAAUCAGCAAUCACUGACGCAGGAAGAACUCAUGAUGUCCAUGGUGAGCAACCUGGCCUCGGUCACUUCCCGCACGUCUAUGAGCGUGAUCAUCGUUGGAGGAGUGGUGUGGCGAACAGUUGGCUGGCGUCUGAUCGCUCUCUCCAUGAGUCUGUACGGCGUGCUGUACCUGUAUGAAAAACUCACCUGGACCACCAAAGCCAAGGAAAGAGCCCUGAAGAAACAGUUUGUGGAUUACGCCACAGAGAAACUUCAAAUGAUCAUCAGUUUCACCAGCUCAAACUGCAGCCACCAAGUGCAGCAAGAAAUCGGCAGCACAUUCGCUCGACUCUGCCAGCAAGUCGACAUUACCCAGAAGGACCUGGAGAAUGACAUCCAACGCCUCACUGACAAGAUCCAGAAGCUGGAAAGUGUACAUAAGCGAUCCAAAGUGCUCAGACAUAAAGCCACGGCCCUAGAAAAGCAGUUAGAGGAUUUCAGCUCCCAGUAUCUUCGUCCUCAACCCUGAUUCUGUUCACACGGACACACUGGCUCCUUCCAGAGAGUGAUGUAACUCCUGUAUACUGUUACGCCCUGCUGUUUCGGGAAUUCUCAACUCACCAGAUGUUGCAAGGAAUGCAAGGGGGAAAAAUGUUACUUGUAGUUAACACUAAAAUGUGUAUUCUUGAAGUAAAGGUGGUUUCAGUGCUGUUUUGGUUGAGGUUUUUCUGUACAGAGAUUCAGUUUCACUGGAACGGGACUUAAAAACACUUUUGUGAACUGUGAAGCUGCCCUAUUAAGCAAAACAUGAGGGUAAAAAGCUGGAAUUUGAAAACUGAGUCAGUUUUGCUGUUCAGGUUCAGCCUAAUGAAGGAGUCAAUUUAUUUCAUACUUAUACCCAGCCUUUUUAUUCAGAAACAGAGUUCAUGUCAUCAGACAGGGAAUUCAGAUUUUUGUAGAUUUGCCUUUUGAUCACAAAGCCUAUUUUCUAUACGUUCCUUG